GGUUGGGGGUGGAGAGCAUGGAUGAGGAUGGGAUGGGGAUAGGAUGGGGAGCAGCUCAGCUGUGCUUCCUUGGGCCCGGGGAAGGUUUUGGCAAUGAUCCCGGAGCUCUUCCCAGAAUGGGAGUUGCUUCUGAGAAGCAGCCAGCUGCCUCACCAGCACUGCCGGCACUGCCAGCAUUCCAGUGCCACCAGCACCACCAGCAUCCCUCUGCUGCUGGAGGGACAAGGACCCCUCAGGAAAGAGAAACGAGGAAUGGUAGGAGCCUGUCGGGAGAGGGAAGGCAGUUAGAGAAUGGGACAUUCCGCAGGGAAGGAGUGUUUUGAAUUGGGAGGAAAGGAGGAGCUGUUUGCAAAAUUGUUCAUGUGAGGCUUCUGACAAAAGCCACUUCCUCUGUAGCUAAAAACUCCAAGGUAAAUGACUCCGGGCAUGUGGAGCUCUGACGUAGCCAAAGUCACAAUUUCCGAUUCUCCUGUGACCCCACCCACCCUGGGAGAGCAACACGGGGACAGGGCACGGAGAGGAGCUGGUGGGACAGCAGUGGGCACCUCCUGGUGAUCUGGGCACUUUCUCCUUCGUGUUCCUGACCUGGGAGGAGCCGCUUUAGGAUGUGGAUCCCAAAGGAGCAAGGGGUGCCAGGAAGCGCCGCUGAUGGGGACAGAGCCCCUGUGCCUGCUGCUGCCCCACACUGAACAGGGAGCUGCUGAGGAGCCGCUUGGUCCAUCCCUGGAUUCUCCAAGCACUGACUGCCCAUCCACUCUGACCACAGCCAAGGCCACAUCCCAGCACCUGCCCAGCGUCCAUCCAUGGCAGUGAGCUCCGUGUCCCCACCUUCUGCCUCACCCACCGAAGGAGAUGAUCCAUGUGAGACAGAUGUCACCAGCGUGGCCAUACACAGUGUGACACUGCCCAUCUGCCUCUGUGGGCUGGCCAGGAACGGGGCUCUUCUCCUCCUCAGAUGGAAAGGGCAUACUGCCAGCAUCUUUAGCCUGGCUGUCACCGACUUCAUCUUCCUCCUCUUUGCGGUCCCCUCUGCCCUGCUCUUCCUGCUGGAGGACGUGUCCUGCUCUCCUGUCAUGCCCCUGAUGUACGUGAGAUUCCUUUACCUGGUGUCAGCGUUCUCCUGCUACUGGGCGCUCUCCUGGAUGACAGCCAUCGGCGCCAAAAAGGACAUGGAAAAGCUCUGCAAGCUCUGCUGCCACUGUGACCUUCCCGAUCCCAUGAUGUGGGUGUUGUGGGGUGCUCAAUGCUUGACAUUCUUCGCUCUCUUCACUGCCAUUCCCACAGAGGCUUCCCUGUACCCGUCACACAAGCAGGAGCACUGCUGGGUGGCUCUCAUCUCCAUUUUCACCGUCAUCCUGCUCCUGUUUGCUGCACCCGUGCUCAUCACCCGCACAAUCGACAUCGUUAAAGCCAAGUGUGGCUCCCAGCAGCAGCAACCCGAGAGGUUUGACAUCGUUAUCUUCCUCCUUGUGCUCUUGGCUCUCCUCCUCAGCCUCUUGAGUUUCCUGCAGCAGCUCGGUUACGUGUCCUCGCAGGCUUUUUUCCUGCUCGCCUGCAUCCACAGCACCAUCAAACCCUUCAUCUACUUCUUGGCAGGGAGGUGCUGGAGCCCCUGCUCCGUGGGGUCCCUCCAGCUCUCGCUCCAGAGGGUCUUUGAGGAAUGGAAAGACAAAACUGCCCGCAGCAAGGAUACCAACAGGGACACGGGGGUCUGAGCCUGUUGAUCCCUUCCCCUGCGCUGCUGAAGGACCCCGGGACAGUGACUGAGGGACUCCUUGAGCCAUCGGAUUUAUAAAUAUCCAGAGUAUCAACCCCCCCUGGCCUGUAUUCCUGCAGGAGAAGGGAGCAGGGGCAGUGCCAUGGGCAAUGUGGGAGGGAUGCUCUGCAGGGAGCAUGGAUUUCCUCUUCCCUCCCUCCCGGCUCCACGUGGCUCCAAGCAGUGCAGCCGGGCUCAGUCCUGCUCCCUGGCUCUAUUCCCCAUGGAAUGACCCUCACUGCCUCUGGGCCCCAGGGAAUAAACUCCGUUUCCUUUGGCUCAGCA